AGUAAGCCCGGGUUGUGGAGAUCCCCACUGUGCGAACGUCACAGACAUUGGCAGCCACGGGACUCAUGGUUAUCAGAAGCUUUAAAUACCCCAAGAUUCAUGCGCAUGACUGUUCACACUCUCACCUGGGUUCUUAUCAUCGAUCAGUCAAAUCCCAACAGGACAAUGAACGGAAAGGUUUACGACGAGAAAAUGGAAAGGACUCUUCCCGGCUCCAUCCCCCUCCACCGACGGCACUUUGUCCCCAGAGGUUUCCGGGCUGCAACCUCGAAUCACUGAAAGCGGUACGGCACGCAUUGAUCGACAACCACACCAAAUAUCACAUCUUCUGGAACGACAUAAAGUUCCACAACCACGUUACCCAUCGAGCGCUUGCGAUAUAUGCGUUAGGAGGGAGUGGCACCUUGAUUGAAACGUUCUACAAGCAAGAUGUUAAAGUUCAGAGAGCUGCUUUCACGUCGCCUGAGCCCAUCACAGCACAGAAUUUCGUUGAGCAUCUCAAUGACGAAAACUACUAUCAAGCAUAUACCACUUUCUUUUCCGAAGCCAUUGAAGAGAAGGGUGCCUCCGCGACUUUGGAGGAAUUCAUCUUUUCCGAGCAGUACAACUUUCAGCCUGGAAGAGAUGCGGCAAGCCAACCGGAAAUGUUGUGCCGAUUCGUAGAUGCAGUUAUGCACCCAUUGAUUCAGUCUGGACAUGGCGUCGAGUUUGGCUUAAAAGGCAUGCUUGCCGAAGGGCUUGCGUUGGCGGCCGUGCAUGGCGUUCAUGCCCCGGGAUUCUUGCCACGGUCAAUGUUUGUCGCCCAGCCCGGCGAUGACAUUGAUGGCGUGAGGAACGGUUUUGCGUCAUUGGUGCUCGAUGGCCAGUCCUCUGCUACAAAUCUCAAGUCAGCAAGUGGGCAGGCAACCCACGCCUUCUCAAUUCUUGCUCGCAUUCUCAAGGACCCCGGCCUUGCGUCGGCAGGCCCACGCCUGCCCUUCGGGCAAUAUCCUGACACACUCGUAACUCGCGGAGACAAAAUCCGCGAGCAUGUUCAGAGUUGGACGAUAGAUAUCUCCAAACCCGGAGAGAUCGAACGCAAGAUGGAAGAGUGUAUUUGGACCUCCUCCGUGAUAUAUGCUAUCGGAGGAUGGAGAAAUGGCUUCACUGCCGAUUUUUUCCUGAUGCAUAUGGUCACUUCAAGUAUAUUCCUCCCUUCACUCAUCGCAUACCUGUCUCCUCGAGCACAAGUCCUCCUUCUCCGUGCAUACCUCACAAGCGCUGUUACGUGGUGGGUGACCCGCGGUCGCCCCUCCUUGAAUUUCAAGUCAUUCUUUGAGUCCACGUCCACGGUGCCGAAUCCUCCGAACAGCCCCGCUGUCCCACCAGCAGAACACAUCCUAGCAGAGGACGCACAGACACCGAACCCAUUCCUUCCUCUCAUCCAAUCAUCCAUAGCACACCCUAGCGACCAUCACCCCAAGAUUCAACGAGCUUUCGCACACUUCUCUACCAUCUAUGGGGCCCGACCCAAAGGAUACUUUGCUGGCACUGAACUAGAUGGGGCAGAAGAACUUGACGGCUCAUUAUUCGUGCGAGCAGCCGUGCAGACUGCAGAUUACAUGGGAUGGGCGAGAGAAGGGGAAGAAGCGAAAGGAUGGUGUCUCGAAGGGUUCUACGUGUAAGUGGUGAGGCAAAUUGGAGCAAAGCGGUUGUUACCUGUUCGAAGAGAGUAUGAGGAUUAGGUCAAGACGAAUACUACUCACAUUCCUUCAUGCGUCAUAUUCGGGGGACAUGGACGAUUGCG